CACGCCGACGACACCACCGUGCACACGGCCACAGCCGCGGAUGCCGCUGUAGCCCUUGCCGAAGCGGCGCAGCCGUUCUGUUCCGCAACGGGGUCGGUGCUGAACGUCGGCAAGUGCGAAGGCCUCACGCUCGGCUCCCACCCGCCGCUUGAGGGGCUCCACGCCGGCACGGGCGUCACUUUCCGCGGCCCCGCAGACACCAUCGGACACCUCGGCGUGCUUCUCACCAAGGGCGACCGCGACGCCGCGGCCGGCCGGAUGUGGCAGCGCUGCGUUGACGCCGUGGCGGCGCGCGCCCGCCUCUGGAGCGGCGUUGACCUGUCCCUGCUCGGGCGGCUGCACAUCGCCAAGUCCACCAUGGCGUCGACCGUGGUACACAUCGCGUCAUUCGUGGGGGCACCCGAGCGGCAGGCCGCGGCACUUCAAGCCUUCAUCGACGGCUACAUCUACGGCAAGCCCACCAACCCAGCCACCGACGACAGGCCCCUGAUCCACCACCCGCCCAGGGCGGCCAU